AUGGAUCCGCCCCAAUGGGUUUCCCCGGAUUUUCACCCGUUCCCCGGCCAGGCCAAGAUCGCACUCGACCGAUCCUCCACGACCGCAGGCCAGGCUAAGCCCGCAAUGCCUUCAGCACCCAAUGGCGAGCGCGCGGGUGAUCCUGCAGCACCACUCGCUCAAAAUUCCCCCACCGGACUCGCAAAUCCAGAACGUAUGCAAAACCAACUGUUGGAAACGCGACUGCAAUCCAUUGAAAAUAAGCUCUCCAGCCUUGCCAACGCCCAGCCUCACAAUUUCCAUUCCUCAGAUACCCUCCACGACGGGUCAACACGUGCGACGCCUCAUGCGUCAAGCGACCGUGUACCAGCGCCAUCGGAGCGGAUUACUCCCUUGCCGCAUGAUGAUGUUGUGGACGGUAUGGGUACCGUGUCCCUGAGGGACUCAGCGGAUGAGGAAGAGUAUUUUGCGCAACUCUUCCUCUUAUUAGAGCGUUACUUAGAGGGCACGCCCUAUUCAUCCUUGGCGUGGACAUUUCAUUCGCUGUCCGUCAAAGCCGCCUACCAGCUGGGAGUGCAUUUCACAGGUCCCCGCCACUUGACUCGGGUUGAACGCGAGGUCCGGAGGCGGGUUUGGUAUCUUUGCGCGAUGAACGACUGUUGGCUAAGUGCAACCUACGGACGCCCUGCGUUGAUCCCGCUAUCUCACGUGAAGCAAGAACCAAGCUCUCAUGUGCCCUUUAGCAUUGUGUCCGCCGAUGUAACGGUUUCCAGCCUCGCGUUCUUUGACGCGACUAUGUUAGCCCUCUGCCCUUCAAUAGGUGACGUGCACUUGACUAAGCCGCUAGUUCACUAG